AUGGACAAAUAUAAAUACCGAGUCGAAAUCCAACAGAUGAUGUUUGUCUCUGGGGAGAAUAACGAUCCGCCAGUUGAAACUACAUGCUUAAUAGAGGAUAUUGUGCGGGGGCAGGUAAUAGAGAUUUUGCUACAAUCAAACAAGACAGCGCAUUCAAGGGGAAGUAAAAGCAUUCUGCCCGAAGAUGUUAUUUUCUUGAUCAGGCAUGACAGAGCGAAGGUUAACAGACUUAGGACGUACCUAUCAUGGAAGGACCUUCGUAAAAACGCCAAAGAUCAAGACGCCAAUGCAGCAGCCGGAGGCAACAGUGGAGGAGGGGGAGAUGGACCUGAAGGUGCCGUCGAGGAGGAUGACAAGAAAGGCGACAAAGACGGGGGCAACAUGAUGCGCGUCAAGAAAUCUCAAAUAAAACUUCCUUGGGAACUACAGUUCAUGUUCAAUGAGCAACCUCUAGAGACAAACGAAGAUGCUGAUGAUCUUGACGAAGAUGAAAGAGAGGCCAAUGUAGCGACUUUGAAGAGACUGAAGAUGGCCGACGAUAGGACGCGUGACAUGACCAAGGAGGAAUAUGUGCAUUGGUCUGAUUGUCGUCAAGCAAGCUUUACAUUCCGUAAAGGCAAAAGAUUCAAGGACUGGUCUGGGAUUACACAGUUAACCGAAGGAAAACCCCAUGAUGAUGUGAUCGAUAUUCUCGGGUUUUUAACAUUCGAGAUCGUAUGCGCUCUUACUGAGACUGCAUUGAAGUUCAAGAAGCGCGAAGAGCUUUUGCAAUUAAAGAAAGAUAAGUCUCAAAAAUCACAACCAGACGUUGUUCAAGACUCUACCAGGGAACGCAAAAAAAGACUAUUCGAUGGUCCGGAUAACGUGGUGAAUCCAUUAAAACCAAAGCAUGUCGAAGACGCCUGGCGCGCUCUACAGACAAUAGAUAUGAAACACAGGGCACUAACUAAUUUCAAAGGCGGAAGAUUAAGCUCUAGGCCAGCUAUUAUGUGA